CCUGGGCACAGUAGUGAACUGCGACUCCAAAAAAAAAAAAUGCCACGGCGGAAACAGCAGGCGCCCAAACGGGCUGCGGUGUACAUGCCUGAUGAAGACGGUGUUCUUCGGGAAUCCAUCCCAGAGGAAGACGGCGAGAACGACACACAAACUGAAGAAGAAUGCUCAGAGAACACCAGCCCCAAAUUGUCCGAGGACAAAGAGCUGGACAACAAGAGCACCAACACUUAUAGCAACCAGAACUCUCCCAUCAGUGUCCUUUCCAAUCAUGAGGUCGAGUUGGAGUCACGCCUUAGCGACACAAGCGACAGACUCUCAGACUUCAAAACCUCCUCGCCACCUGAGAGCCUGGGGGAUGUUCAGAGCCGAAGCUCCAAACAUAAAGACGAGGUGGGCGGCAGCUUGGAGAAGAUGAGGGCAGCCUAUUCAAACUUUCUCUCUGAUUCCUACUGGACUGGGAUAGGGAUGGACUUGAACAUUGGCAAGAACACCAGCAAAGCCAACUGUGACAGCACCAACGGAAGCACCAAGAGUGAGUUUGACUGGCACCAAGAUGCACUCUCUAAGACCCUGCGACAGACAUUCUCCCCGAAGCCGACAUCCAAACCUAACCUUUUCAGCUCUGUCCACCUGUACAGGCAAACCACCAAACCCUGUAGCUCAGUGUUUACAGGAGCCAGCCGAUUUCGCUGUAAGGAUUGUAGUGGCGCUUAUGACACUCUGGUGGAGCUGACGAUCCACAUGACCAAAAGCGGACACUACCAGGACAACAACCACGGCAAACAGAGUAACUCCUCUGGUUCGUCUUCUAAAUCUAGGAAACGGAAUUUUCAAGAUAUGGAAGGAAAAGAGGAUGCACAAAAAGUUUUGAAGUGCAUGUUCUGUGGUCACUCUUUUGAAUCACUCCAGGAUUUGAGCGUCCAUAUGAUAAAAACUAAGCAUUACCAAAAAGUGCCUUUAAAACAGCCUCUCCCAUUACUCACACCCAAAUUGUUGCCACCAUCAAAGAAACGGGCCUUUGAGACGGUGAGACCUUGCUCCCCCGACUCUACAACUGGUCUAUCUGGCUACACUGAGGCACAACGGGCCGCCGCCAUUUCAAAUGCCAACAAUAAUCGCUACGGCUAUCAGAACGGAGCGAGUUACACUUGGCAGUUUGAAACGUGCAAGUCUCAGAUUCUUAAAUGCAUGGAGUGCGGAAGCUCCCAUGACACCCUUCAGCAACUUACCACACAUAUGAUGGUUACUGGACACUUCAUCAAAGUCACAAACUCAGCCUCUAAAAAGGGUAAACAGUUAGCCCUUGACCACCUGGCCAUAGAAAAGAUACAGGGUUUGGCUAAGCCGGCUGCCAGUGACAAUGAGGGAGAAAAGUUGUCUCCGAAAAAUCCUUCUCCCGGGAGCAGAGAGAAGGAUCGCCAGGGGGAAGGUACAUCAGACAAAAUGAAGGAAACUGAAGCUAAAGAUGACAAGCAAGAGACUGAGGAUCAAAAAGCAGACAAUGGGACUUUUAAGUACCCUUAUCUCCGUGAGGAGGAUCUUGAACAGGACUCAGGAGGAGGAGGGGACAUUCUUAAAUCUUUAGCCAAUACAGUGGCCUCUGCCAUCAAUAAAGCUCAAACAGGGACACCAAGCUGGAGUGCCUAUCCGAGCAUUCAUGCUGCCUAUCAGCUCUCUGGCUUCAUCAAAAGCCCACCACUCUCUGCAUCUCCUCCUACUCAGCUGAAGCAGACAUUUAACCACAAGCUGAGACCGAUUGCCCCAAAGGGGAAGUUAUACCACGGUGCUGUGGGAGUUGAGGCUUCCCAGGGACAGCAUCAAAAUGUGGACAUCAAAAAAGAAAAGGUUGGCAUUAGCGAUGGUAAAGAAAGUCAGAAUAUUAAGUUUGAUCUGGUGGAGAAUGAUGACAGCGAUUGUCAGGAUGAUUCCUCUUCCUCUUCAAAGCUUGAUGCAGACUGUAUGAAUGAAGGGGGUGAAGCGAUCAAAGGGAAGUUCAGCCCAGAUUUCUCUGACAGAGGCAAGACACCGAGCCCAUCUGCCAGCAAUGGACGCAGCCCUACUUCAGAGCCUCUCGGUGACAGUCCAACUCUACUUGGCAUAAACCCUCUUAGUGCACUACAGUCAGUUCUGAACAAUCAUCUGGGCAAAGCAAAUAAGCCGAGUAACUCAAGAGCAGAUAAACUAUCUGCUCACACCCAGUCCAUAUUUGCUGACAUUAACCGCAGCAGUGAGAAGCCAGCGUUAAUGCUUGGAAAUGCUCUAAGAAAGAGGCCCGAUAACCCCUUUCUCUUUGCUAAUGAUGACCAGCCAAUAGAUCUGACAAAAUCCAAACCCAGUAAGCCAAGUUCCUCACUACUCCAACCCUCCAUGCCGAUGCUCCAUAAAUAUGCUCUGUCUGACAUUGCAGAUAUGGUUAAAGUUCUUCCAAAAGCCACAACGCCAAAACCCUCCAUACCAUCAAGGAUCCCAAUGAUGAAACUGGAAUCCGACGUCCAGCAUUAUGAGGACAUGUCGCCUGAGAUGUACUCCAUCCACAAGCGUAAAGGUAGACAGUCAAACUGGAACCCUCGCCAUCUUCUCAUCCUGCAAGCUCAGUUUGCCUCCAGCCUCUUCCAGACCUCUGAGGGUAAAUACUUACUCGCAGACCUAGGCCCUCAGGAACGGAUGUACAUCUCCAAGUUCACCGGACUGUCCAUGACCACCAUAAGCCAUUGGUUAGCAAAUGUAAAAUACCAACUGCGUAAAACCGGAGGGACCAAAUUCCUGAAGAGCAUGGACACCGGGCACCCGAUCUUCUACUGCAAUGACUGCGCUUCCCAGUUUAGGUCCCCCGCAUUAUUCAUUUCCCAUCUGGAAACCCAUCUUGGGUUCCAAAUCAAAGACAUGUGCAAAAUGCCGGUAGAGCACCAGACGAAGGUAGAGGAGCCAGAACUGUCCAAGGCCCUCAGCGUCAGAGCCACAGAGGCUCAAGUCACGGACGAAGACAUUGACUCAAAGUUCAAAUGUAAGCUCUGCUGUCGGACAUUUGCGAGCAAUCACGCAGUCAAACUUCAUUUGAGUAAAACCCACAGCAAAUCCCCUGACAACCAUUCACAAUAUGUGGAAAUGGACAAGGAGUAGAUUUUCCUAGUAUUGUCACUUUUUUUUAUUAUUCCCCCUUUCUUCCUUUUUUAUUUCAUUACACGGGUCAGAUAUUUCAACCAUUUUUUUCAACUAGCUUUGUGUAGUGCAUCAUUAUGACGUUAAAAACAUUUCAUGGACGGCAAAGACACACUGGUUAGAAAUUGUAUAAGGAAACACUAAGAGAUACUUUUUCACCCUGCUCAAAUGCAUCACCAGUAAUGAAUUGUAUUACUGCUUGAAGAAACAUAAUUGCUGAUGUUUGCAUGCAAUAGCCCUGGCUAUGACUACUAUUUAUUUGUAUGAUAUGUCAAGUUUAAAUUGUAUUUCAAAGACAAAAUAGUGAACUAAUUGUACUUUACAACUUCUAUAAUACUGUACACUUGCAUAAUUGUGCAGCUGUUAAAAACAGGUAGCCCCGCACACGAUAACACACACACAGACCUGUACAGUGUAUUGCUAUGUAAAGAUGUUUUGUGUUGCAAUGAUAGAAGAGAAAAAAGCACUUUAAUAAAUGUUUAAUCACCA